UCAAGAGGUCAAACGGUAAAUAGUGGGGAAAUGAAUAUUUUUGUGAAUCUCGAAAAUGCUCCCCAUUGCCACUAUUGCAAAUACUAACCGUAUAGGCGGACUCAAUACAGGAAGCAACACGAAUGCGUUUGGGGCCAGCGCCACCAAACCAACAGGGUUCAGUUUCGGCUCUUCAGCCCCGGUCCAGCCACAAGCCAACUCCACGUUUGGUGGCAACACGGCAUCCACUGGUUUUGGCGCCGCCAACAAUGCGACAUCCACUGGUUUCGGUGCGGCUAAUAACACGACUGGUGGUUUUGGUGCCAAUAAUGCGACAUCCACUGGUUUCGGUGCGGCCAAUAACACAACUGGUGGCUUUGGUGCUAACAACGCGGCAUCCACUGGUUUCGGUGCGGCCAACACGGCUAGUGGCUUUGGUGCGGCUAAUAACACGACCAGCGGUUUUGGUGCUAACAACGCGGCAUCCACUGGUUUCGGUGCGGCCAACACAGCUAGUGGCUUUGGUGCGGCUAAUAACACAACCAGUGGUUUUGGUUCUAAUAACGCGGCAUCCACUGGCUUCGGUGCCGCCAACACGGCUAGUGGCUUUGGUGCGGCUAAUAACACAACCAGUGGUUUUGGUGCUAACACCGCUGGCACCGGCUUUGGUGCGACCAACACUGCUGGAGGUUUUGGUGCGGCUAAUAACACAACCAGUGGUUUUGGUGCUAACACCGCUGGUACUGGCUUUGGCGCCAAAACUUCCACCGGCUUUGGCGCCAACACCUCUGGUGGUUUAUUCGGUGCCAAGCCGACUACCAGUCUCUUUGGCUCCAUGCCCACCACCGGAUCUGGUGCUGCUGCUCCUUCCACGGGCCUAUUUGGUAGCAACGCCUCUGGAAACACUUUGGGGGGUCUCUCCCAGCAGCCUCAACAGCAGUUACAACAGUUGAAUUUGAAUGCCAUGACGAGAGUCGGGGACUUGCCGGACGCGAUUCGGCAGGAAAUUGAGGCGAUGAACCGCAGCAUCCAGCAGCAGGUGAGCACGGCUGAGCGGUUGACAAACGACGAGGCGCAACACAGCGAGUUGAUCACCUCCAUCCCUCGCGAUAUUGAGUACUUGUCCUCCAAGGUUAUCUCUACCAACCAGGCCCUUAACCAAGACGUAAAGAACUUGGCCAGUUUGAAGAGCUUGUGCGACGACGUGGUGGCGGACAGCGAGAAAUUGUACGUGAUUAUCAAGCAGUUGAGCACUCCCGGUACCCGCAUAAACUCUAAUGACCUCAACAACUACUUCUUCAAGAAGAUCGACUACUACACAGCCAAGUUGGCCGAGUACGCCGCUGUGGUGAACAGCAGUGAGGAGGCCGUCAAUGGGAUUGAAAGAGACGCUGUUGAGGGGAUCGGUGGGAUGAACGCAAUCAUUGGUGUGUUGCAGGAGCAGUACAGUUUGUUCAUGGAGUUGUCCAACGCCAUGGCUGAGAUUCAUCAGGAAACUAAACAGGUCUCCUCCCUCAUCAGAAUCUAGAGCCUUAGGGGUAAAACUUCCGACCAGAGCUUCUGACUUGUAUUUUUAGCUGUAUUAAAGUAUCAUUGUAUUAAAUGUUUGAGAGGGGUUCCAAGAGGACAUUAAAGAGUAUUAAAUAUAUGGCAAGUAUCGCCUACAUAGAAGUUAUUAUCGGAGCCCUUAUGCAGCAAAGCCCAGCUGAUAUUUUACUAGCCACCUAUUGUCUUAUUGCACCA